AUGGCCAUGGGGCUGACCAUUAAGCCUGAGCAGAAGGCAGCAGUUCUUGUCGUCUACACUCCUCCUCGGAGGAUUACGGUCGAUGAGAGUCUUUGGAAAUUUCAGGGGCACUUUGCAGCCGUGACCUUCAACUCCAGCAUGCGUGCGCACUUCGGGGUGAAGGUUUAUAAGCUCGUGGUCAGUGAAGGCCCGAGCCAUGGCUACAUGUGCGCUUUCGAAAUUUACAUGGGCAAGGACAAAGGCGAAGUACCUGCAUCCCAGAGGGCUGUCAUCAACUUGAUGGGCGCCUCUGGUUUACUUAAUAAGGGGUAUGAGUUGUAUACCGACAACUGGUAUACUUCCCCUAUCUUAUUUUAUUAUCUGCAGACUCGGGUCACGAUUGGGGUUGGCACGGUUCAUGUCAAUCGAAAAUUCAUGCCCAAAGAUCUGCAGGUAAGGGCCAGCAGAGAUAUGGACAGUCGGAGCACGUCGACAGGCAUGUUGUGCCUUCAAUGGCGCGACAAGCGUGUCGUAACGAUGCUCUGGACUGUUCAUAGAAGCGAGAUGGUCGCCACCCUGUCCCAGAGAGGUAUUGCCCGGAGCAAACCACAAGUAGUCUCAGACUACAACAAUGGGAUGAAGGGGGUCGAUGUGAGUGAUCAGCUGGCUCAAUCAUACCCGACCUAUCGCAAGUCCUUCAAGUGUACAAGGCACUCGGAGGGCAUAUGA